UAGUUUUCUCAUCGUUCACUACCAAAUAUUACAUUUGAACAGAUAUUGAACAAUGGAUUCGAAAAAGGCAAUCCUCAUCCUAGGCCUCUUGGCUAUGGUUCUUCUUAUUUCUUCAGAAGUCUCAGCCAGGGACUUAACUGAAACUACCUCUGAUGCCAAAAAGGAAGUUGUUGAAAAGACUAAUGAAGUAAAUGAUGCCAAAUAUGGUGGUGGUUACAAUGGUGGAGGUUACAACCACGGUGGUGGUUACAAUGGAGGAGGUUACAACCACGGUGGGGGUGGAUACAACAAUGGUGGAGGUUACAACCACGGUGGUGGUGGAUACAACAAUGGUGGUGGAUACAACCAUGGUGGAGGUGGUUACAACGGUGGUGGCUACAACCAUGGUGGAGGCGGUUACAAUGGUGGUGGCUACAACCAUGGUGGAGGCGGUUACAACCACGGUGGAGGUGGUUGCCAAUACCAUUGCCAUGGCAGGUGCUGCUCGCAUGCUGAAUUUGUUGCCAUGCAAGCUAAGGACAAUACUCAAAACUGAUCAUAAUGCUAUGAUCAUGCAUGAUGCACUCUUUCUAGUACUAAAUUCCAUGAAUAAAUAAUGUUGUGUGUUGAUCAAAAAAAGGCACAACAAUUUCAAGUUGUUGUGUAUUAUCUAUCUUGUCACUAUAUGUAAUAUAGAUAUUUCAUUAGUGGAAAUCAUGUAUAAAUUUGCAACAAUCUAUGUAUUUUGUGACGAUGAUGAGCGUUUCCAAAAAAUGAAUGUGUUAUCAUGUGUAUUACGUUGUUA